GAGCGCACGGACGGUCUCCGGGAUCUGGCUGCAGACGCGCACCGAGGCUGCAGAAGGACGCAGCGAGCGCGGUGAUGGAUGAGUGACAUUUGAGGGCUGGCUCUGUGUGAUGUGUAUUCGUGAUCAACAGUCAGCUUCGAGGAGACUAUAGAUGACACGGACAUGACCUUAAUGCUCUUUUGUGUGUUUUUUACGGACAUGGACACUGGACACCCUUUAGAUGGACUUUACGCUGUGAAGUUCAUGGGAAGCUGUGGGAUAUUUAAUUUCAAAUGUAAAAUCAAGCUUCAGCUUCUACGUGUCUGUGAGGAACAGGGCUUCUCGUGGUUUUAGUAAGCAGGCAAAGGAUUCCUGUAUUACAGCGAUUUGAAACCCACAACUGGGGAGCUCAAGGUCUCGUCACUACACCCAGGAAUUAAGUUUCUACUAUCACUUCAAACUGGAGCUCAAAUGAUGACAAAUCUAGUUUACAAAGUCAAGGGGCAAAUGUCAAGCCAAGAGCAGGCUUGCCUCUCAGAUCUCCAACAACAUUCAACAGAAGAUACAAUGAUUGGGAUUUUUUUGCAAGGCUCGGACACAGGAGCCCCCUAGAUUCUAACCCUGUGGAUAUAAUGUAGCACAACUCUUCAGCAUGACCUAAACGAACACUCCCCCACCGACACAUGUUCAGGAAUGGAUCACAUGAACUUCUCCACUGUCAUAGACUCUGGGUUUCUGGAUGAGGCUUCAUCCAGCCGUGUCCUUACUGGUUGUUUCCUCUCGCUGCUCAUCCUCACCACCUUGCUGGGAAACACGCUGGUUUGUGCGGCUGUCACCAAGUUCCGACACCUGCGCUCCAAGGUGACCAACUUUUUUGUCAUCUCGCUGGCCGUGUCUGACCUCUUGGUUGCCAUCUUGGUGAUGCCGUGGAAGGCCGCAACAGAGAUUGCCGGGUUCUGGCCAUUCGGCUCUUUCUGUGACACCUGGGUGGCUUUUGACAUUAUGUGCUCCACGGCUUCCAUUUUGAACCUUUGUGUGAUUAGCUUGGAUCGCUACUGGGCCAUCUCCAGCCCAUUCCGCUAUGAGAGGAAAAUGACACCCAGAGUGGCUUAUGUGAUGAUCAGUGUGACCUGGACGCUCUCUGUGCUCAUUUCCUUCAUCCCAGUGCAGCUCAACUGGCACAAGGCCCAAACUAAAUCCUACUCCCCUCUCACUGGGUCACCUGGUGCUUCAGGUCUAAAUGGUACAUCUUACCGGAGCCCAGAAAACUGUGACUCGAGCCUGAACCGGACCUAUGCCAUUUCCACCUCUCUCAUAAGCUUUUACAUCCCUGUGGUCAUCAUGGUGGCCACAUACACCCAGAUCUACCGCAUCGCUCACAGGCAAAUAAGGAGAAUUUCCGCACUGGAGCGAGCAGCUGAAAGUGCUAAGAACAGACAUGACAGCAUGGGCGGAGGCUCCAGCAUUGCAGAGUCGGAGAGUUCGUUCAAAAUGACGUUCAAGAGAGAGACCAAGGUACUGAAGACUCUGUCAGUGAUUAUGGGGGUGUUUGUUUGUUGCUGGCUCCCAUUCUUCAUCCUGAACUGCAUGGUGCCGUUCUGCGAGCAAUCGAGCGGAGGGGAGGCUUUCCCCUGCAUCAGCCCCACCACGUUUGAUGUGUUCGUGUGGUUCGGCUGGGCUAAUUCCUCCCUCAACCCCAUCAUCUAUGCCUUCAAUGCAGAUUUCCGCAAGGCCUUCUCCAUCCUGCUGGGCUGCCACAGACUAUAUCCAGGAGGCCACAACAUAGAGACAGUCAGUCUAAACAAGAAAUGACUCAUGGCUCUCUCAGCACUGACUCAUCCUUAAUGCUAAGAGUCUGAGAGUUCCUGUGUAGGCCGGUUUGAUCAUCUUCAAACAAGGAUGCUGCUCUCCGUGCUGACUCUGAGUGGGACAGAUGGUAACCCUAUAUGUACCUUUGUUUGCAUUAGGUGAGUGGCCUGUUCCUAUGCAGGCAGGUGAUCAGAGCGAGCUCGCCGAGCUCAUCAUUGUUGCUGUACUGUCUUUCUAAUGGAAGAAGCUCCUGAAAAAGGAAAGGGGAUUUUGGGGAUUGAGAUUAAGACUGUGUGCUGUUGUGCCAGGGUGCAGGGAGCACAGCGGUGCUGACACGCCCCUGGGAGAGAUAAUCCCAUGACUGGGCAGCACACGACCUAAUGCUGUCAGACACUGCUCUCUUCAAUACCAUCACAUACGAACGCAAACACAAACACUGUCAAAACAUGCUCAUCCAAAUAGUGCAUAAACGCUGCACCCAGCAUGCACACUCCAACGAAUAAGAUGACAGCACACAGACAUGCUGUUACUCAUUAGGUUAACAUUGUGUGCUCUGCAAGGAUUCCAGCAGCAAAGCAUCCAACCGAAUCAUGUUUACACAAUAAUAAAUAUGUACGUAAAGUUCACCCAUAUGUGAUUUAAUAUUCAAGCAAGAAUGAAAACGUAUUUGAUUUAUAUCCAGAUUUAUCCUUUCAUGUUGUUAUUUAAGGAUGUCGAAGUAAUGGAUGAAAAUGUGAUCUAAAUUUUCUUUUGGAAGUGAAGUUGAAUAAUGGAGGUUGUAUCUCAUUGCUAGUGCUGGUUCAUGAUUGUUAUUUAUAUCUCAUCUACAUGUUGAUUCAUUGUGACUUUAAGCCAUGUUUAUUUAACAGAUAUCUCAUAAGUUAUUGAAAAACUGCUGCUGAUGACCUCUUCUUAUGAAAAGACCUGAACAGGUUGUGUUUGCCUUGUGGUGUCUUUGACUGCUCAUUUAGAGACUGAUAUAGUUUCUAUUUGCUUAAACCUGUUUUUAUUUGCUCUUCAUGAGAAUUAUUAAAGGAUGA